AUGCAGCGGGAACCAGCGUCUCCGUGCUGCUGCGGCUGCCCGCUGGCGAGAGAGACAGAAUUUUACCAAAAUGCGGAUUCUAAAGCGCUCCCUCGCUUGUACUUCUACGCCUGCGGCAAAUCCAGGCAGCACCCUCUCAAGGGUGGUCCAUUAAAGACCACCAAUGCAGACGCCUUCCUCAUCGAUCGCCAAGUCCUCGGUAUUGCCGAUGGUGUCAGCUCGGUUGAGGCCGAAGGCUUCGAUCCUUCCCGCCUCCCCGUUGAGCUCCUCACGGAGUGUUCCAUAGAGUGUCGCGCUCGCCAGCAGUGCUCCUCUGUGUACGAUGCAGAAUCAGAGAACCUGUGGACAGAGUGGGACGUGAAAGAGUUCAGUCCUCAGGAAUAUCCUCUCCACAUCCUUUCUCGGGCACACGCAUCGUGUUCAAGUUGGGGUGCCACAACCUGUGUUCUCACGAUACUCGACCAGAGCUACUUGUGGACAGUGAACAUUGGAGAUAGUCAGGCGCUCGUUCUGCGACGAACGAGUAUUCCUCCGCGGACAGUUCCGGUGGAUCAAUACAGGGACCACGAAUUGUGUUACAGCUCGCGAAGCAGAAUUGGAGAUCUGUCUCUCUGUGGAGGAUACCAGGUAAUUCAUAGAGUCACACCGCAGCAACACUUUUUUAACUGCCCUUUUCAACUAACGCGUAUGCCUGAUUUGGACUGCUCCUUCGGGGAAGUUCUACGGCGGACUGCGGAUUCUGCGGACGUCUCUGGGCAUGAAGUUGAGGCUGGGGAUAUUAUCAUUAUGGGAAGUGACGGAUUGUUUGACAACCUCUUCGACGAGGAUAUCUUGCACGUCGUGAACAAGCUGUGUUGGGGAGCAAGUAAACCAGGCGAACCACCAUCGACUGACCCACAUGUCGUCGCGGAAAAGCUCCUGGAGAUGGCGAUGAUUGCAGCCAAUGGGUGUUCCGACUCGGAGAAAGCGUAUUUGACUCCCUAUGCCGAAGGGGCGUUCCUUGAGUUGGGAAAGCGGCUGUACGGAGGAAAGCCCGAUGACAUUACGGCUGUCGUUGGCUACAUUAUUGAUCGCGAAGCGCGAUCCAGAGGGAAAGUGGGGGAUUCUAACAGAACUGGAGCCGUGAAGAUGAUCGAACGGGAUCAAGUUGGAGCGCAAGACACAUUUCCCCACGGAAGCAUGGAUCCGAUUGGGGAGUUGGCUGCUGAGGAAGUUGCGAGUCAUAUGCCGAAUGGUCCUUCGCUGAAAUUCUACGCGAACCCAGUUCACCAACAGGGCAUUGGUGUUGGUGACGCAGAUUCAAAAACCGAAGGGUUCAUCAACAAAGCGAACAGCAGUAGAUCUGCCUUGCUGUCUUGUCAACGGUCGCAAGGCCAAUCUUUGCUACCAGCGCCCACAAAGCGAGUUGACCAUCCACCUUUAAAUGAGACGCACACGUCGUUAAAGCCCAAAUUGGAUAUGCAAUAUGCAUCUCUUGCUGCUGCUGUAGCGUCGUCCAGACGAAGCUUUCCACCGGGCGUAGGACGGGGAGCAUUGCCAGCAGCCCCUGCGUGGGUUGCUUCGGUCCACUCGGUGCCUGCUGCGUUCGGCUCGAAAGUUUGA